GAAAAACACCUACCCAGUGGCUGGCCAGAGGUAUAGGGAGAGACAGCUUUGACUCCUGAGACCUGUGAAGGACAAAGGCCCACCGGGAACAUGGCAACUGCCCAGGGCCUCCAGCCCCCACCACCCCUGGGGCAGGAUGAGAUCCUGAUUGUGAAGGUGGAGGAGGACUUCCACUGGGAAGAGGAUCCCUCUUUGAAGAUGGAAGACCCCAGCCCUGAGACCUUCCGCCAGCUCUUCCGGCUCUUCUGCUACCAGGAGGUGGCCGGCCCCCGGGAGGCCUUGAGCCGUCUCUGGGAGCUCUGCUGCCGCUGGCUGCGGCCAGAGCUGCGCACCAAGGAGCAGAUCCUGGAGCUGCUGGUGCUGGAGCAGUUCCUGAUGGUGCUGCCGGGGGAGAUCCAGGCCUGGGUGCGGGAGCGGCAGCCGGAGAGUGGUGAGGAGGCCGUGGUCCUCGUGGAAGGGCUCCAGCGGGAGCCCAGGAAACAGAGGGGCCGGGAGCUACUCUCUGACAAUGCAGUGCCCCACCACAUGGGGGAACAAUCUAUGAAAUGCCAGGCAGAGGCCCAACGAAAGGAAUUGUCCCUGGAGGAGGGGGCUCAUUACUCCAGCCAGCAGUCCCCAGCCCAGCUGAAGCACAGAUCGAAGAGAAGCCCCGAGCUCUGGCCAAAGAGGGGCCCAUUCACCUCCCAGCACCAGGAGAUAUCAGCACCAGCCACGUCCUUCCUUUCAGCCUGGUCCCAGGUGCCGGUGACCUUGGAGGACAUGGCCGUGUACCUUUCCCAGGAGGAGUUGGGGUGCCUGGAUCCUGCUCAGCAGGACCACAGUUGGGACAUGCUACCAGAGAGUGAAGGCUUUGGAAUGAAGUUUAAGGAUGGAGAGGACACCAGGGAGGACACAUCAAAGAGGAUGGAGUGGGACCGAGUGCUGUCGGCUCGGUGCAAGGGGCUCAGCCCCCCGUUCCCAGGUCACGAGCUGACCCCUGUCAGGGGUCUGACCAAAUCUGAGCAGCCUCUGGAAAGAGGGGGGCCCCACAGGGUGGCAAAGCCUUACAUGUGCCCUGAAUGCGGCAAAGGCUUUAGCAAAACAUCUCACUUGACCAAGCACCAGCGCACGCACACCGGGGAGCGGCCGUACCAGUGUCCCAUGUGCGGGAAGGGCUUCAGCGACCGCUCCAACUUCAGCACCCACCAGCGGGUCCACACGGGCGAGAAGCCCUACCGGUGUGCUGAGUGUGGAAAGCGCUUCAGCCAGAGCUCCAGCCUGGUGAUCCACCGCCGGACACACACCGGGGAGCGGCCCUACGUGUGCACUGAGUGUGGGAAGCGCUUCAGCAAUAGCUCACACUUCAGCGCCCACCGCAGGACGCACACAGGCGAGAGGCCCUACACAUGCCCGGCCUGUGGCCAGGGCUUCCGCCGGGGCACGGACCUUCACAAACACCAGCAGACUCAUGGUGAGGAGAAGCACCCCACAGCUACACCGAGGGAGUGCAGCUGCCACCCAGACCCUUGCAGCUCCAGGAGUUCCCAGGGGCCAAAGCCUGACCACCAGGCAUGUAAGUCAGUCACAGUACAUGAAGCUGCCCGAGCUGUUACCCGGAACCAGAAACGCUGA